ACUGUCACCGGCAGGCAACAUUGGGUGUUUGGAAACAUGGCGGAAGGCACGGCAGAACAACUUAAGCAGCAAGGAAAUGACUGCAUGAAGGCUGAGAAAUAUGCGGAAGCAAUUUUUCACUACACACACGCUAUUAAGCGGGACCCCAACAACUCCCAAUUGUACAGCAACCGCUCACUGGCAUUCCUAAAGAUGGAUCAGUUUUACUUGGCUUAUGUGGAUGCGAAUGAAACAAUUCGACUGAAUCCAAAAUGGGCAAAGGGAUGGUACAGAAAGGCAGAGGUGGAGUAUCACACACAACACUUUGAAGACGCAAUUGAAUCAUUCAGGAAAGCACUCCAGCUGAGUGGAGAGGAACCAAAAGUGAUCGAGCAAGUGCGGAAGUGUAGGAGGGACUGUGACAAACAAACCAAAGCCGAGAAGCACAUUCCUUGGGUCGGUGCAGCUGUUGGCUUUGUCAUAGGAGUCUUGAUAGUCGUCUUCGAUGUUGCACUGAGAGAGAAACCACUCCUUCUGAACCCUGCACUGAUGACUAUAGUUGUCAUGAUAUGUGCAGCUGUCUCCUACCUGGUUGCCCGACUACAUAGGAAUUACCUGAGGGAACAGCGAAAAAGCCUGCUUGAACCUCCAGUGGAUCUUCUGGGAACUUCAGAUGAUGUCAAGGAGGAGGAGGAGCCCCUGUUGCCAAAGGCGGAGAACAUCCGACGGCGCUCUGUCAGGAAGGAGAGUUGAUUGUCUGUGAGCAUUGAUCUCUUGACAUUCCUAGUCAUCAUCUGACAUUCCUUGUCCUAGAGUGCUCACCAUCUGCUGCAUUUUCUACUCUCGUAAUGCUGUUAAACGAGUGCCAAAGAAGAAGAAUCGUGGAAUAUAAAGUGUGGUACCAUUUAAAUGCAUUAUGUGUUUUUCAACGUGGAUCGCCUCGUAUCCCGGAGAAAAAAGCACAGGGCGUGAAACUUCACUGUCCCUCACGACCAGAGGAUGUCAAUAAAACAAGUACCAGCUCGUAGCUGGAAAUCUCAUAUA